AUGUUUCCUCCCCCAGAAGACAAAUUCGACACCCUCCACGGCGAAUACCGAUACGAAAUGAACGGUUCUCCGAGCCAGAUGAGCGAUGAAGUCGUCCGAACAAUCAUCAAUACCAUCCGUGAACUGAGCAAAGAUCACAUGUACGUCGCAGUCGCCGGGAUCCGAGUUCACAACAUGGACGUGACCCCUCCCCUUUGGCCGGUUCGUACAGGCCGGGCCACCAAGCUCUAUGCAUUCUCACAACAUUUCGACGAGUUCCCAGUUGCCACUGAAGUAUCCAUUCUCUGGUGGGAUAGGAAUGGUCGGCAUUUCCGUCUUAUGGAUUUGCCUAUGGAGAUAUGCUCUACCAUCUUCCGGCACAUCCUUGGAGAGAAUAUUUACCCUGUCGCUCCGUACGAUAGCACACGUAGAGCUUACCAGGUUCUUCUUGGCUUGAAAGAAGUGAACAUACCUGAAGCAGAAGACGCAGGUGCACGUCCGGACGCGCCGAACUACGCCAUCUUAGGUGUCAACAAGCAAGUCCGUCGUGAAGCCGUUUGUGCUGGUUGGGAGGGUACUCGAAAACAAUUCACUGCAGUUCACAUGCUUGAGAGGGUGCUAAGUACGACUGCUACGCCUUGUAGUUACAACUGGUUGAAUCGAGUACAUCUCAACUUCAGCAUUGGCGGACUCUUCCACUUCUUCGGCGUCGAAAUUGAUCCCGUCGUCCAUAUCACCGCUGCAAGAAGUAUGGGUCACUUACUCCAAGGUGUCGAUACACUGAAACAUCUAGAGUUGUUUUUCCGAAGCCCCUAUGAAUCGGGCAGUAGUGAUGGCAACCCUUGGAGUGAAUACUACAGGGCCAAUCAUUGGAGGCAAUGGUUCACGGAGAGUGCGGUUUUCCAGAGCAUGGCAGAACAUCCUUGUUAG